ACGCUUUCAACUCGCGGCUAAACGGCUUCAAAAACUUCGGCCGAUGCACAGCGAUUGAAAGUCAGGCCGGCAUCGCUCGGCGGAGUUUUAAUAACUAUGCCUCCUUCUCGUCAACGUGUCCGUCGUUCUGCACGCCUCAAAACCAACCCUCUAGUGCGCUGCUCGACGGCGAUGGGUGAUGAAACUUCAAACUCUCGAGGAUCGCUCAAAGCGCCUCCAGAGCAAUCCGCACCCCGCCUAACUAUUCAGUGGCAGAGCGACCACGCUCUCACUGAUCUACUUGUUACUUAUCUUACUACGCACCCUGCUGACUGCAGGAUUCUAUUCUACUCUGAUGGGAAGAAAGCAAUGUCUACUGCUGAUGACGGUCCCUCAGGCUCGGACAAAGGACAGAUUUACGGUACCCUGGCCAAACUAAUCUUCACAAAUCACCCCAAGUACGGUUACGCAUACUCCGUCAAUGCAAAAAAAUUCCGCGAUGCAGUCUGCAACCGCAUUGGAACUCUCAGGGGUAAAUACAAGAAAAUCAAGGCGUCUUUUGACAGCACAGGUGCUGGUGUGAUACCAGCUGAGGGCACGCAAAUGAGAAACUUAUUGGAUGCGGCACUGGCAGAGCUCCCAUGGUACACGGAAUUAGAUGCCAUUUGGCAUGCUAAUCCGUCCAUGGCCACGAAAACCUACUCGUCAAAACCCGGCGUCGAUCACGCCGGCGCCUUAUAUUCCCUGAUUCAAUCACGUGGUGGGGGCGGUCCCCCCAUGCAGUUUGACGCGCCCCCAGAUGCACAGCAUGUAUAUCCUGGCGCCAACACUCAGCCACCUCCUCACGCAUAUCCCGAGCACAACACCUAUCCUUCCAGCACUCUGCCCCCACAUUACGGCCAACAAUACUAUCCGAGGUAUCCGCUAGCAACGCCGUAUGCUGGGGGUUCACAUGGUGAUCCCUUGAUCAAUCCGGCGCUGCAACAACCCACACCUGCUCCUGCACAUGCUCCCGCUCCUGCACCCGCACCUGCUCCCGCACCCGCACCUGCUCCCGCACCCGCACCUGCUCCCGCUCCCCCCUACAAUAUGUCCCCUCAAAUCCAUCUUCCUGGCCUUCCGACGUCAGAUGCUGACGUCGACAUUGCUGACGUGGACUCUCUCGACACCGGUGACCCAUUUGAUGCCCCCCUCGGAGACGCCUUACAUCACCUCGAAGGUGAUGAGAGGGCCGAUAGCUCUUCCAAAGUCGCAGGGAAGAAACGCCAGCUCCCUUCAUCGCCGUCUCCCCCUCCCGAUGCUCCCGAACCAUUCAAUGUGCCAGAAAAAUCCCCAGCAUCUGCCUACAACAGCCGCUUGGCAUUUCGCACGCAGAAGCCACCAAGCCGUGGGAGGCGACGCAACCUACCAUCGGAGGUCUCGGUCAGCACGUCAGCGCAUUCAUCCACGACACGCAACACUACCUCCUCGUCGGACUACCUUAUGUCCUCGACCCCCCAGACUUCGCUUCCAAACAGCGGCGGCUCGAAGAAGAAGAAGGCGAAGCCGGAUGUGAUGCAGCAGGUAGACGAGGUUAAGGAUGAGCUCACGUCUAUGCACUCUGAUGCAAUGUCGCGCCACGAUCACAAACACCAUCGCUUCCUCGCGAAGCUCGAGGUGAAGAGUGAGCACAAUCGCGACAUCAAGAAGUACGAAUGGCUUCGUGCUACCCGUGAGCAUGAGACCUCCCAGGCCACUGUCAGCCAUCAGCGUCUGCAGGAGUCUAAAGAUGCUGAGAUUCGUCUACGUGAGGCGGACAUUCGAGUCCACGAAGCACAUUCAUUGGUGCUCGACAAGGAAGCGGAGAAUCUUUGA